AUAAUCUCGAUCUGCUUCAUUUCGAAAUCCCUAGAACACCUGCGCUCUCGAUCCGCAGACACAGCAAGAAAGGAAAGAAAAGGAAGCUCUUAUUCUGCAUCUCUUGCGCUUCUCUCGAUCCGGCAACCGAUUGCUCUCCGAUGGCGCCCCCGACGCCCGCUUCCACUCCUACUCCGGCUCCAAGAAGCGCUCCGUCGACUCCCCACCACCAGCUUCACGUCCAUCACCACCCGCCUAAGACCAUCCCUAAGCACCGCCUCCGCUUCCCGAGCCCUAACAUUAAAUUCCACGGUGCCCCCGCUCCGCCUCCUCCCAUCGCCGACCACCCCGUCGAGGUCAUCGGCCGGAUCCGUGACCCCCCUGCCGACCUCCGCAAGGACAAGGACAGGGACUGGGACAAGUCGUCCUCCACCGCUGUCGAGAUCGCCGACGAUGCCCGCUCCGUCCGCGUGCGCACCGACGUUGGCUACCGCGAAUUCGCCCUCGACGGCGUUUCCAUGUCGGAGAACGAGGACCUGGAAGGCUUCUACCGCCGGUUCGUGUCGUCGAGGGUGGAGGGAGUGCGCCUGGGUGCCAAGUGCACCAUCAUGAUGUACGGGCCUACUGGAUCCGGGAAGAGCCAUACCAUGUUCGGCUGCCCCAAGCAGCCCGGCAUCGUCUACAGAGCUCUCAGGGACAUCUUGGGACAAGGAGAUGAAAAUGACGAUGAAGGCGAGGCGAUCGGGGCCGCUCUCUUUGUCCAGGUUGCGGUCCUAGAGAUUUACAACGAGGAGAUCUACGAUCUUCUUUCGGGAGCUUCCAACGGAGUAGGUGGACCCGGCCUCGGUCUUCUUAAAGGCAAUAAUAAUACGCCCAAGGUUCGGUUGGAGUUUAUGGGUAAGAAGUUCAAAAAUGCUAGUUAUAUAUCAGGAAAUGAAGCUGCAAAAAUAACUCGGGAAGUUGCCAAAGUAGAGAAGCGCCGGAUUGUUAAAAGCACCCUUUGUAAUGAAAGAAGUUCAAGGAGCCAUUGCAUUAUAAUCUUAGAUGUUCCAUCUGUGGGAGGAAAGUUGAUGCUUGUCGACAUGGCUGGUUCUGAAAAUAUAGAAGCAGCUGGUCAAACUGGCCUUGAAGCAAAGAUGCAGACGGCUAAAAUAAACCAAGGGAACAUUGCUUUAAAAAGGGUGGUUGAAUCCAUUGCAAAUGGUGAUUCGCAUGUUCCAUUCAGAGACAGCAAGCUCACAAUGCUAUUGCAGGAUUCUUUUGAGGAUGAUAAAUCAAAGAUUUUGAUGAUUCUGUGUGCAAGCCCUGAUCCCAAGGAAACCCACAAGACUAUUUCGACGCUUGAAUAUGGAGCUAAAGCAAAAUGCAUUGUUCGUGUUAGUCUUACUCAUUUGCCAACUUUCAAGGACAAAGUGGAUUCAGAUGAGUCAUUAAUACUCUUAAGAUCAAGAAUUGUUGCAAUGAAUGAAUUUAUUUUCAAGUUACAAAUGGAGAACAAACUUAAAGAGAAAGAACGCGAUGAAGCUCGGAAGGAACUGUUGCAGAAAGAAGCGGAACUAGCAGAGCUCAGAACAAAAAUCCAGCACAUUGAAGGAAGGAAAUCAGAAAUCAAGGAAGAAGAGAUCAACUUGAAGGUUGACCAAAGAACUAAGACUUUAAAAUCAGAAUUGACUAUGAUGGAAGAAAGAACGCUACAACAGAAGCAGGAGCUUGAUAUGCUAAGGCAGAGACUCGAGGAAGUUGAACUUGAAAGAUGCAAAGUUGUUGAGAAGGCAUUGCAAGACAUAGAUGGUGGAAGACUUGUGAAGCGACUAGAGACUUAUUCUGGAGAACAAGGAAUGGUAAAAUCUAUGGAGUUAGACAUGGGAGAGCUACAUGAUACUAACGUAGUAAAAGAGAUAAAAGAGGACUCCUGCCAACCUGAAAGUUACAAGAAACUGUUCCAACUGGAUCCUAGUCUUGCGUUGAUUGAAGAGGAGGCUAAUGCCAGUAUGAGUAGAUUCCCUGACAAGGUUUGUCUUAGCACUGUAUUUGAGGAAGAUGAAGAAGAAGAACAAGAAGAAAGAGAGAGCAUUGAAGAUGAGGUCGACAAGGAAGUUGUAGAAGAGCACACGGAUCGUGCCGGUGGAACUCAUGGCUUCAAUUCUUUAGUUGACCCUGGAGUCAGGGGAAACAACAAUAAUAAUGCCGACUGCGUCUUUCCUAGUUACUUGUCUUGCGAGGUAGGAUCAGAGAACAACUCUACUGAAAUCACAAAAGAUCCUGCAUCUGCCAGAAAAACGCGCAUCCAAAAUAUUUUCAGACUGUGCGGCAACCACAGAGAGCUAGCCCAACAGGUGAAAACUUCCAGCCCAUUGCAGAGAGGACCUCAGGAUGAGAAUAAGCAGCCUUCUCCAUUAGCACUACGCAAGGUACUUGGAUCAAAUUUGGGCUUGCAAGCAGAGCAGCCGCAAGCUACACCUAAAUAUAUGCUGGUUUCUGACUCAAUACUCAAGGAAAGCCCAGUGUCUGCACUUAUUCUGCCAUUUGCCUCGCUGGAACUCAAAGAAGAGCAGAAAUCAGCAAAUAAGGAGCUCAAACGCAGUGCGUCAUCUGAACGGUACCAGGACAAGAAGGAGAAUGAGAGCCCUAAAGACAUGGAGUCCGACAAAUAUAUAGACAUAUAUGUGAAAUGGGAGGCCUCAAAGGAGUUUUCUGGAGGUCUGAUCAGGAAGCUUAAGGUGUUGAAGAACUCAAGUCUUGCUGACUUGCGCAAACUUAUUGAGAGCAAUCUUGAGGGUGACAACAAGAAGUUUACAUUUCUGUUGCUUGGGGAUCCUUCAGGAGCUCCAGUAUCCAAGGAAAAGGAAGCAUCUUCUCAAGUCAAUAAACUACCUACAUGCAACAACCAAAUGAAUAGCUAUCUCGCAUGUUUGCGACCCGUCAAGAAACCAAUCCAGAAUCCAGAUCACGUUCCAUUUGGUUCGUUAGAAAAUACACUCUCACCCGGGCUUACUUCACAGCUUUCUGAUGUCUUUUCACCUAAAGUCGAUCGGCUAAACACUAGCUACCUUACUAGCUUUUAGGUAUACUUUAAGCUUCUUGUGCAAGAAUUUGCCAAUUAUCCGUACCUUUAGGCAAUUGAGUAUUGUUUAUUCAGAAGCUAUCACAUGACACAAAUGUAAGCGUGGGAAGAGGAAGCUGCUCCGCAUCCUCCAGUACAUCUGCCUUAAUGCUUCUAUUGUGUACAUUGAUAUUGCCUCAGACAAAUGCUUAAUCAUGUGUUUGCCAAUUCAA